AUGCCUGCGCCGCCUGUCCCCGCAUCGCUGCAAAUCAUCGUGAAUGCCACCAAGGUCGAGUAUGUCCAGCUGGUUCAAUUAACAAAAGGCCUCUCAACUUGGGAUACCGCCAACGUCUAUUCGAGUGGCAUAAACGAGGAGAUCAUUGGGAAAGCGAUUCAAAAGUUUGCGCUACCCCGGCACAAGCUUACCAUCUUGGCCAACUGCUGUGGAACGGUCCCAGACGAACCGGGCAUUUUCAGCUGGCCGUUUGAGGCGCGGAUGCAAAAGAGUAAAGACUAUGUCAACCAAGGCGGUGAGCAGCUCUGUGUCAAUAUGAGGCGCCUAUCACGCGGCGCGAUUCUCAAAGCCGUUGAUGCCUCGCUCAAGCGUCUCGGAAAAGACUAUAUCGCCCUUCUCCAGAUCCAUAUGUACGACGCCUCGGUUCCUCCGGAAGAGACCAUGAAAGCGCUUCACGACCUCGUCCAAGCCGGCAAAGUCAACUACAUCGGCGCAAGCUCCAUGUGGACAUACCAAAAUGCCCGCAUGCAAUUUAUCGCUGAGAAGAAUGGCUGGACAAACUUCGUGAGCAUGCAGAACCGGUACAAUCUUGGUUACAGCGAGGAGGAGAGGGGAAUGAACAAGUUCUGUAACGAGACUGGAGUGGGUUUGAUCCCAUGGGGGCAUUUGUUCUCCGGCUUGCUGGCAAAGCCAUGGGGAGUCGAGUCUGCCAGGUCGAAGAUGAGUGUUGCUAUGAGCGGUGGGCUUACGGAAGCAGAUGAAAUCAUCAAUAAACGAGUUCAGGAGGUAGCUGAGAGGAAGGGCUGGAAGAUGAAUCAAGUUGCCCUGGUGUGGAUCAGAGAAAAAGGUUGCAUCCCCAUCGUCGACUUGAACAGUACCAGUAUCGAGAGGCUAGAUGAAGCGUGUGCUGUGCGGGACAUGACGCUGAGUGCAGAUGAGGUGAAGUAUUGGGAAGGGCCAUACGCUCCAAAGCCAAUCGCUGGGCAUAUCUAA